AUGAAGUUCUCGUCUGUUGCCUUCUUCGCUGCCGCAGCGUCGGCCGCCCUCAUCGAAAAUGAUGUUGUUGAAGUUCCCGUUGUGAAGGCUCGCGCCGCGGGCUGCAAUGCAGACAACUGCCUCCGCGCCGUAAGGGCCACCCGUUUCGGUACUGCCACCAUGGAGCUUCGCAUGGCCGAGUGCAGCUCAUACCUCGCCGUCACAGAGACUCCGAUAGCCUCUACCGUCUUCGUCACCGAGUCCAGCAUCCAGACCAUCACGGCCAACUCCACCAAGACCCUCUUCCAGCGUCAGGUCGUGGAGACCGGCGUCUCCACGAAGACCAUCCCCCAGUACGCCUCCGCCUGCCCGGACGCGGCCCGCUACAGCUCUGCCUGCUCGUGCUUCGGGGCCACCGCCGCCACGACCACCGCCCCGGCGGCCACCGUAACCUCGACCGUGUCCUUCGUCGCGACCACGACCCUGGCGCCCUACGUCAACGUCACCCGCCCCGCCGUUUCCUGCAGUGACACCUGGAGCUGCGGCGCCGCCAGGAUCCCCGUCUGCUCGGGAGAGUCGGGUUGCGUGUGCUUCGAGACCGUGGAGGGACGCAAGGUAUGCGCACAACCUAACGAAUGCGAUUCCAGCUGCGACACCACCAACGACUGCGGCAACGGCGAGGUCUGCAUCAAGCAGAGCUGCUGCAUGGGAGGGACCUGUAUGAAGGUUGAUGUCUGCCUGAACACCGCCCAGCCGAAGAUGAUGUUCAAGAGGCGCAACGCCGCUUGGAUCAAGAAGCAGGCUCGGGCCGACUUGAACCAUCUCAGCUUGGUUUCCCACGUUGCCGAGGAAGAGUAG